AUAAACCUGAAAUUUAUAUAAUUUAUCCAAAUAAAGGGUUGAUGAGUUAAUUCGAAUCUAUUUUUAACAAAAAGAAUGACAUCACCGUCUAAAGAAUGUGUUACUUGUGGAAAAAAUAAUUCGGUAGGAUUUUGGUGUACUAAUUGCGAACAUCAAAGAUUUCGUGAUAACUUUCAAAAUUGGACGAGCGAAAAUGAUUUAAUUGAUGAUUUAAUUAGAAAUGUACAACUUUCAUCAUCUUGUUCGGAAGAAUAUAUUGAAUGGAUACCAUUUUCAGAUCUUGAAUUUGUAAAAUAUCAUGGUAGAGGUAGACAUAGUACAAUAUAUACAGCAUCAUGGCUUCGUGGACCAUUACGUACAUUUGAUGAAUUAAGUGAAGAUUAUGUAAGAUCUGGACCUCGAAAGGUUGUCCUAAAAUCUCUUGAUAAUUCUAGGAAUAUUAAUCCACAAUAUUGUUAUAUGUUAAGGGAAUGUAUUUGUCAAAAAUAUGAAAAUGAUUACGAAUUAUGUUAUGGAUUAACUCGUGAUCCUAUAUAUAAAGAUUAUAUGUUAGUAAUGGAUUAUUCUGAGAAUGGAAAUCUUUAUGAUUAUAUUAAAGAGAAAGAUAGGUUUGUUUUGGAUUGGAUAAAAAUAAUUGAAGAUUGUUGUGAAUUAUCAAGAAUUUUAGACUCGUUACAUUCUCGUAAUUUAGUUCAUGGAAAUCUCCAUGGAGGGAACGUUUUAAGUACGGUCGAAGGAUUUACAAUUUCGGAUAUGGGACUUGGUCAUCCAGCAGAUGAAAUUCCAUUCAUGAAAAUUUAUGGUGUUUUACCUUUCGUUGCACCUGAAGUUAUUCGUGGUGAAAGAUAUACACCUUCAGCUGAUAUUUAUAGUUUUGGAAUCAUAAUGUGGAUGUUAUCAUCAAUUCAAUUACCUUUCGCUGAUAGAUCUCAUGAUUUAGAACUUGCAAAAGAUAUUAUUAAUGGUCUUCGUCCAACUAUUGAAAUUUGUAUGCCAGAAUUAUUUUUGGAUUUGAUGACAAGAUGUUGGAAUGAAAAUAUUGAAGUUCGACCUACUUCUAAUGAAUUAGUAAAAUUAUUAACGGAAUGGAAAUAUGCAUUACAAAAUUUUGAUUAUUAUACUAUGGAAGAUUAUAAUCAUUUAAUUAUUUCUCAAGUUGAUGAAGUUGAUGAUGUUUAUAUGGAUACGAAUAUUAUUAGAUCUCAUAAUAUACAUGAGAAUGCUAUUUAUACUAGUCAACUUAUCGAUUUUUGUUCAUUACGUCGAAUCAAUCAUCUUAACGAAUCUCCUAUCGAUGCUUUACUUAAAAGACAUCUCAUAGAUAUUAUACCAUAUGAACAAUUUAGUGAAAUUCAAUUGAUUUCUCAUGGAGGGUAUAGUUCAAUGUAUUCGGCAUUUUGGAAGGAAAGAGGAAUUAAAGUUGCCAUGAAAAUGUUUCGUGAUGUUUUUAACUUAGAUUUUGGAUUUCUUUCAUCAUUAAAUUCAUGUUUGAAUUUAAGAAAUUAUGAAAUAGGGUCAGAAUAUUAUGGAAUAACUAAAGAUCCUAUAAGUCAUAAUUACGUUAUUUUAAUGCAAUAUUUUGAAGCAGGAAAUUUAUAUAAUCAAACAUUUUUAAAUUGGAGAGGGAAAAUACUUUCAUUAUUAAAAAUAUCAUUAAAAUUAAAAGAAAUUCAUGGUUUAGGAUUAAUUCAUAAAAAUCUUCAUGGAGGAAAUUUAUUACCAAUUUAUAAUAAUAAUGGUAAUGAAUAUGAAUGGUUUAUAACAGAUACUGGAAUAACAAAAUCAAAUUGUUAUAAAUUAUAUGGUGUAUUACCAUUUAUGGCACCAGAAGUAUUAAUACAUAAUAAUUUUACACAAUCUUCAGAUAUUUAUAGUUUAUCAAUGAUAAUGUAUAUUAUAUUAACUGGGUUUAAACCAUUUAAUAAUAAGGUACAUAAUAUAAAAUUGGCCACAAAUAUUGUUUUAAAUCAAAAAAGACCCGAUAUUUUUUCAAUUUCAUUGGAUAAUAUUCCAAAUGAUUAUUUAAAAUUAUUAAAACAAUGUUGGUCUCAUAAUCCUAUUAAUAGACCAAAUAUUAAUCAAAUUAUAGAUAUACUUGAAGAUUGGAUUACACAAUUGGAUCAUAGAUCUUGUACUAGAAUUACUGAACAAUUUGUAAAAUGUGAAAAAUCCGGUUUUACGGAUCCAGCUAAUUUUUAUAUUUGUGAAGAUGAUGAUAGUUAUUAUAGUAGAAAUUUUACCGAUUGGAAAAAAGAUCUUUGUUUUUAUUAGAUAAUUUAUAUAAUUUUUUUUUUUUUUUUGAAUAACGUAAUUAACGUAUUUUAAAAUUAUUUUAUCUUCCAAAUUUU